AUGGUCUCUUUGGUUUCUCGUACUGGAAGACAUCUACAGCGGUAUGAGAAAGGGUAUCGCCUUGUCGUAGGGUGCAUUCCAUAUAGAUACAAGAAAACCGGAGAAGCAACUUCAGUUGAAGAAUUAGAAGUUCUUGUCAUUAGUGCACAAAAUGGUCAAGGAAUGUUGUUCCCAAAGGGAGGAUGGGAAAAUGAUGAAGCCAUGGAAGAUGCUGCAAAGCGAGAGACGGAGGAGGAAGCAGGAGUAAUUGGUGUUGUUGAGGAUAAAUUAGGCCCAUGGCAUUAUAAGAGCAAAAGAAGUUGCAUAAUGCACGAGAGCUACAUGUUUCCUCUGCUAGUUCAUAAAGAAUUAGAUUGCUGGCCUGAGAAAAAUAUCCGAAAACGAAAAUGGGUUUCUAUUAAUGAAGCUAGAGAAGUUUGCCAUAAUUGGUGGAUGCGAGAAGCUUUAGAAGAAUUAGUUAGGCAACGCAGAUUACGUCCCCAAACACAAAGUUAG